GCGUGAUUUUCAAGAUGGCGGCAGAUUUUAAGUAAGAUUUUGUUAUCUUGUUUUAUUUCUCAGUUUUGCUUCAUUCUUAUCUUGUUCUGGUAUGAUUUCCGUCAAUCUUAUUUAUUUUUUAGGACCGCACAACCACUUGAAUAUUAUAGAAAGUUCUUGGUACGCUAUUUGUUGCAUAUUUUAAUUUAGUUGAGCUGUUUUUCAAUUUUUUUCAUCACUUAUACAUACCUAGUAGUAGUUCAUCAGCAACCAGUCCAACUAAUAAUCACUGCCCGGUAUCACAGCGGAUUUGGACCCCCAGGCCCAAUUAAUCUCCUAAUAGAUAUGGACCUCCUAUAGCAGAUUUGGACACCCUUUCACUGGCUUUCAGCCCUUCAGGUAUCCGUUUGAAUGAUCCUGGCUAAUAAUGAGGCCCUGUUAGGGGGUACUAAUGUCGCCAGUCUGAAUUUCAAAAUUUGUUAUGUCACGAUUUGAGGAGUUGGGUAUGUCCCUGUCGUUAUUUCACGUCAUUUAACCAUGUAUGUUAUUUCUUAAUAGGGUCCAUUAACCAAAAAUUCGAUUGCAUCAACCAGGACUGUUGACUAUUUCACGAUUGUGUAUCAAAAACAAUAUGUUACGAGGCGAGACAUGUAGUGUUAGGAGACAUAAUUUACUCUACGCUUACUAACGCCUGAAAACUGUACUUUGCCAAUGACAUUUUGUCAUUUUUAAACAUUUUGUUGACAUUGUUGUGGUGUUUUCACACCGACUUAUAUAUAGUAUAGGCAGUAUACCGUUCUGUGUUUUUAUGAUGACCGCUGAUCAAUGUCAUCAAUCACAGAAACAUUUUCGAUGCGUUUUGCGAUUUUACAAAACUAUUUUCAAUAUAAUUUCUUAUGCGUGGAAAGGUGUCAAAGGUACAAAUAGCUACAAAUAACGCAGUGCCACUGUCGCAUGUUAGGAAUAACACGAUUCGCUGUCAUUUUUUGUUAUUUCCAAUUCGCUGUCGCAAUUUUAACCAAAAUUGGUUUCGCUUGUCACCAUUUCAGCUCUCCCAUGUCGCCGUUUCAACGCCAUGUCGCCUGUCGGAAUUUACCCUAACAGGGCCUCAAUAAUAAUUUGGGUAUGGCCAAUACUAUUUUGCUCUACUGAGGCUCCGGCUAUUAAUUGAUGAGCAAAGCGAGUAUGCAAAAAAUGGAAGGUCGAAGCUUCAAGGGUGCUGUGAGUUGAGUGGUGGGGCAAAGACUUGCAAGCUUUGUGUAUUUGGUAUAUUGUCCGGAGUGCAAGACUGGGUUAACAAUGUCAGCUUGUCAUGACUGCAAGUCCGGCGAGUUACACACAGCUUCUGGCGAAUGGCUGUCACAUGUCUUUUUAGUGCUGGCAAAAUUUGCCGUUGGCCAGCCUAAAAGAAGAUGGGUGCCCUUUUUUAAACACUUACUUUGACAUACUAUGAAAAUUGUGUUGCUCUAUUAAUUAAUAUGCUAUUUUCUAUGCUUUUGUUAAAAACUAUCAGUGGACAGUUGCAGGCUUCCAUUUAGAUGAGUCACCAUCACUUAUUGUUUAAAAACAUUCAUGAAAAUUGUGUUGCUCUAUUAAUAUGCUAUUUCUAUGCUUUUGUUAAAAACUAUCAGUGGACAGUUGCAGGCUUCCAUUUAGAUGAGUCACCAUCACUUAUUGUUUAAAAACAUUCAUGAAAAUUGUGUUGCUCUAUUAAUAUGCUAUUUCUAUGCUUUUGUUAAAAACUAUCAGUGGACAGUUGCAGGCUUCCAUUUAGAUGAGUCACCAUCACUUAUUGUUUAAAAACAUUCAUGAAAAUUGUGUUGCUCUAUUAAUAUGCUAUUUCUAUGCUUUUGUUAAAAACUAUCAGUGGACAGUUGCAGGCUUCCAUUUAGAUGAGUCACCAUCACUUAUUGUUUAAAAACAUUCAUGAAAAUUGUGUUGCUCUAUUAAUAUGCUAUUUCUAUGCUUUUGUUAAAAACUAUCAGUGGACAGUUGCAGGCUUCCAUUUAGAUGAGUCACCAUCACUUAUUGUUUAAAAACAUUCAUGAAAAUUGUGUUGCUCUAUUAAUAUGCUAUUUCUAUGCUUUUGUUAAAAACUAUCAGUGGACAGUUGCAGGCUUCCAUUUAGAUGAGUCACCAUCACUUAUUGUUUAAAAACAUUCAUGAAAAUUGUGUUGCUCUAUUAAUAUGCUAUUUCUAUGCUUUUGUUAAAAACUAUCAGUGGACAGUUGCAGGCUUCCAUUUAGAUGAGUCACCAUCACUUAUUGUUUAAAAACAUUCAUGAAAAUUGUGUUGCUCUAUUAAUAUGCUAUUUCUAUGCUUUUGUUAAAAACUAUCAGUGGACAGUUGCAGGCUUCCAUUUAGAUGAGUCACCAUCACUUAUUGUUUAAAAACAUUCAUGAAAAUUGUGUUUUGUGUUGAUCAGUCGAUCCAAAUGCUAUAUUCAAUUUCUAUCUCUUUUGUUAAAAACCAUUUAAUAGUAGAUUUGUUGUUGGCAAAGACUGUACAUAGAUUUUAGUUGCACUAUAUUCUAAUUUUCUAUUUUACAUUUUGUGACCUUUAUCACAAAUAUUUAAAGUGAUAAAAUACUUCAGAUUGAUCGCCAUUAUGAAUUUGGUUUAUAUUAUUGUGUUCACAUAUAUUACAUAUAUUUAACUUUUGAAGGGGCUCCAAAUCUGCCAAUGGGGUACAGGGUCUGUAUUUACUAGUAGAUUUGGAAUCCUGGUGGGUCUGUAUCCACUAGGAGAUUUGGACCCAGGGGGUCAAAAUCUAUGGGGGUCCAAAUCAACUGGGACACCGGGAUUGCCCGGAGAUGUAAUAGAUUUGAGGUUAAGAUUUGACUUCCACUACUGCUGCCAUUGACUUAGUACCCACCUGGGAUAUAUCAAAAGCAUCUGAUUGGUCUAUGGUCCAGGCAUUGGUCCCGUAAUAUUAAUGCAGCAGUAGUCGAUGUCAGAUCUGAAUUUCUCGAUUAUAGUAACUGCCCGAAGAAAAAAUACAAAUGUUCAGUAUAAUCCGAGUAUCUUUGUAUUAUGUCUUGGUCUUUGAUUUUUUACACUUGCAGUUUGUGCUUAGAACCAUAGUCUGUUUAUGUACCUUUUGUAAUUUAUUAUUAAUAUGUACCUUGCAUACAUGUGAAUACACAGCUUUCAAACAAAGAAUAGUCGUAUAUAUAUAGUAAAUAUCUUUGAUUCUCAAUGAUUUAGUGUGUAGUAGCCUCAGUCGAUGCUUGCAUGAUAGCGUAUAUUGAGCAUCUGCAAAGCCAAAGGAUGGUCUUGCAUAGCUGGCAGUUUCAAGGAGCUGUGGUUGAGGCAUGGGCUGCAAAAAAGCUGCAGGAAAGUACAUUUUCUCCUUUCCUGUGCCUUGCCUGUCUAAUUUUUCUCUGCCCAUGUUCCAACUCCUUUAAACCGCCUCCUAAGCAUGAUAUCAAACGAGGGUAUGACUAUAUGUACGCGAAAGUAUUUGCUUUGGUUUAUUCAAACAGACCUCACAACUGCAAGAUUUUAUUGUGAGAUGUGAUAUGCUAUGUAUAACUAUGUUCAUUACCUUUGUUCAUAUCUGGCUGGUUUAGGAGGAAAAUAUUCGACCUGAUGGCAGAGAUUUGCUGCAGUUUAGAAACACUGUCAUCAAUAUUGGUAAGUAUCUGUUCUUAAAAUAUUUUUUUGUACAGGGCCGUCUGACAAAACGUCUAAUGACUUUGAGUUUGUGUCGGACAUAUAUGUAUGAUGGUGUCCAAUAAGUCUGAAUGAUACAAAUUAAUAUCAGCACAAUGUUUUAAUUCUGAACUAAAUGUGGUGAAGAUAUUAAAUAAUUUGUGUCAUUCCUACUUAUUUCCAAGCCAAAAUUAACUUGCUUGUCAAUAAUAGUAGUAAGACUUCAACAACUUAAGCCUGUUUUCCACAUCACCAUUUCGCUCGCUGCCCUGUCCUCAAUUACAUUAAAACAACAUUUCCAUUAAGGCUUGAGUCUAACCUGGUUCAUGAUGUUAAAGACUCUUACAGUUUGGGAAGACCCUGCUCGUUUGCAUACAUGAACUGUGCUAGGAAAACGUGAAGUGGGAUUGAAAGAAGACCGAAGCAUGUGAAUGAAAAUUCAUAGUUCACAGAACUUUAUUGACACAAAAAAGUGUUUGGAAAUUACGCAUUUUCGUUUGUUUUCAUCGUACUGCAUCAUUGAAUUUAGGACCUUAAGAAACAACGCGACGACGACGGAUAUUCACACAAUGAUAUUCCUGAUCUCUUAGAAAAUAAAUGACGUUGCAUGUGUUAGCGCUUUUAUAACGGCAAACCAGAGACUUUCACGUCUCUUGUGCAAACAUUUCAAACCGCAACAAGUGGUACUUCAGCAGAAAUGUUUUCAACCAUAAAGAGUUUGUCUUUAUACUCUCCUCAAACUGUAUUCAAUUCACACAGUAGACAAUACACAACAACUGUUUUUCACUAUAAUAUAUUUGAAGAAGUUUCUUUUGACUGUUGUCGUCGUGUUGCCUUCGUACAUGCUUCAGUAAGGUCCCUAUCGUCCGUACUGCAUAUUAUUGACAUUGAGGGUUUGGUCAGUUCAUCUAUAUAUUGUUUUAAUUUUUAACUUUUCCCAAAACCUAAAGGAAGUAUUCUGUCAUCUAUUUCAGUGCACCAAUGCAAGUUUUAAUUAGUACUUUAGGCUGAACGACCAUUAAUUACACAUUUUAUUUUAGGAUCGAUUGCUACUGCGGAAGGAUCGUCCAUUGUAAAGUUGGGAAAUACAACAAUUGUUUGUGGAGUGAAAGCAGUGAGUAUAUCAAAGAAUGAAGUAAUAAUUAUGAUGUUUUUACUUGAGUGAUCAAUUAUAUAAACAAGAACUUCACGACGUUUCGUAAUGUGGUAUUUUGUUGUUUACUAGGUUGCCAAUUUAUUUUUUAUCAUUUAUAUUAGUCUAAAUUCAGUGUUUAUUAAUUCUAGGAAAUGGCUAAUCCUAGCCCUGAACAUCCAAAGAAAGGUUUUAUAGGUC